CCUUUUUACCUUUUACAACUGUAAACCAUGUCUGCCGAACUCGCCGUCGUUUACGCUGCUCUCAUCCUCCAAGAUGAUAAUGUUGAAAUCACCGCUGACAAGCUCCAAACUCUUGUCAAGGCUGCUGGUAUUGACGUUGAACCUAUCUGGUUCUCUUUGUACGCCAAGGCUCUCCAAGGUCAAAACCUCGGUGAACUUCUUUUGAACGUCGGUGCUCCUGGUGCUGGUCCCGCUGUCGCUGCUGGUGGUGCUGCUGCUGGUGGUGCUGCUGAAGAAGCCAAGGAAGAAGCCAAGGAAGAAGAAAAGGAAGAAUCUGACGAAGAUAUGGGCUUCGGUCUCUUCGAUUAAACUGGUUUCAGGGUCAAGUUUAUUUCUUUUAUUCAAUAAAAUAUUCUUCAUAUUUAUUACUUCUCGUA